GAUGCCCAGGGUGUGGGCGGGCCGGGGGUGGCGGGGAGCCCUAUAACUGGACCCGCCGCGGGGCCACCAGCGCAGUUCAGCCCCAGCAUCGUGGAAGUGGGACUUUUGGGAGGCGUCUGACCAAUCUGCAGACCAGCAAGAUGAAGUCGCUGUGGACCCUGUUGGUGGUCGCCCUCCUGGCAGGAUGCCCAACCCAGGUGGCGUCCGAUGAGGAACUGGACUUGGAGCUGCCCCCGCAGAAGGCCGAGGUAGAUCGCUGGCAGGCCAACCAGCCCUGGGAACAAGCCCUCAGCCAGUUUUGGGAGUACCUCCGAUGGGUGCAGACUCUGUCCGACCAAGUGCAGCAGGAUCUGCUCAGCUCCCAGGUCACCCAGGAAUUGACGCAGAUGAGCCAAGAGACCAUGAAGGAGAUCAGGGCGUACGUGGCCGAGGUGGAAGAGCAGCUGGGCCCUGUGGCCGAGGAGACCAAGGCACGUCUGUCCAAGGAGCUGCAGGCUGCCCAGGCCCGGCUGGAGGCGGACAUGACCGAUGUGCAGAACCGCCUGAACCAAUACCGUACCGACGUGCAAUCCAUGGUGGGCCAGAGCGCCGAGGAGCUGCGGGCCCGCCUGGCCUCCCACCUGCGCAAGCUGCGCAAACGGCUGCUGCGUGAUGCCGAGGACCUGCAGAAGCGCCUGGCCGUGUACCAGGCCGGUGCCCACGAAGGGGCCGAGCGUGGUGUGGGUGCCCUCCGUGAGCGUCUGAGCCAGCUGAUGGAGCAGGGCCGCCUGCGGGCCACCAAUGUGGGCUCCCUGGCCAGCCGACCCCUGCAGGAGCGAGCCGAGGCCUUGGGGCGCCAGCUGGCUGGGAGGCUGGAAGAGGGCCGGAGCCGCAUAGAUGAGCUGAAUCAGCAGAUGCAAGAGGUGCAGGUGAAACUGGAGCAACAGGCCCAAGCCCUGCAGGCCCAGGUCAAGGGCUGGUUCGACACCAUGGUGCAGGACAUACAGCGCCAGUGGGCCGGGCUGGUGGAGAAGGUGGAGCAGGCCGUGCGCACCCGGCCCGCCUCUGAUGCCCUGCCCCAAGAGAGCCAGUGAGCGCCCACCAGGCUCCCCAGGGGAGGAUCCCCCCAAUCCCCCCUGCCUUCUCAUUUAAUAAAGAUUAAGAAGCUUCCAGCAGCCCACGGGC